CUUCUCAAUCUCUUCCUUCUUUUUUUUUACCGUUACUGUAAAUUUUCCCGAGAAAAAGAAAAUUAAAAAGAGCUUUCGUGAAUUCUCGUUUUGUCAAUUCCACAUCUCUCUAUCUCUUCUCUCUCUUCUUGGUUCAUCUGUUUUGUUCUGCUUCUUGAAUUCUCAGAAACAGAGAGACAAAUCUUUUUUAAAAAAGAAACAAUCUUUAGACUAAAGAAGAGAAAUUUCAUACAUGGGUUAGUCUCCAAAUUCAAUUACGUCUUCUUCUUCUUCUUCUUUGUUUGAUUUGGUGACGAAUUUAGGGUUUAGGUUUGGGAGGAGAGUAAAAUGUUGAAUUGAAAAAAACACAACGACUCUGGAUUCCUCGGCGGUUAACGACCGCCGUCGCCGCCUUCUUCAUAACCCAACCACCACAACCAUCAACGACCUUGAAUUUCCACAGUAUGCUUCAUCAAUGGCACCAGAUAACGACCAUUUAGUAGAUUCUCCGUCGCCGCCUCUUCUUGAGAUGAGACACCACCAAUCGGCGACGGAGAACGGUGGUGGUUGCGGCGAGAUUGUGGAGGUUCAAGGAGGUCACAUUGUUCGGUCAACAGGAAGAAAAGACAGACAUAGUAAAGUCUGUACUGCGAAAGGACCACGUGACCGGCGCGUGAGACUCUCUGCUCCGACGGCGAUUCAAUUCUACGAUGUUCAAGAUAGACUUGGUUUUGAUCGACCAAGUAAAGCUGUUGAUUGGCUUAUUACUAAAGCUAAAUCCGCCAUUGAUGAUCUUGCUCAGCUUCCUCCUUGGAACCCCGCCGAUACUCUUCGUCAACACGCCGCCGCUGCUGCUAACGCUAAACCCAGAAAAACCAAAACUUUAAUUUCUCCGCCGCCGCUGCCACAACCUCCGCCGCACGAAGAAACAGAGCAUCAUCAUCAACAAAUCGGAGAAGAAGCAGAUAACGAAUCGAGUUUUCUUCCGGCGUCAAUGGAUUCUGAUUCGAUAGCUGACACUAUAAAGUCGUUUUUUCCGGUAGCUUCAACGCAACAGAACUAUCAUCAUCAGCCACCGUCUCGAGCCAAUACACAGAACCAAGAUCUUCUUCGUCUCUCGCUUCAAUCUUUCCAAAAUGGUCCAGCUUUUCCCAACCAAACAGAGCCUGUUCUGUUCUCCGGCCAGAGCAAUAAUCCGUUAGCGUUUGACUCAUCGACGGCAAGCUGGGAACAGAAUCAUCAGUCACCGGAAUUUGGAAAGAUACAGAGACUGGUGACAUGGAACAACAGCGGAGCAGGUGAUUCCACCGGUACCGGAGGAGUUGUGUUUGCUUCUCCGUCGUCGUUGCAGCCAGUUUAUAGCCAAAGUCAGCUUUUAUCUCAGAGGGGUCCCCUUCAGUCCAUUAACACACCUAUGAUUCGUGCUUGGUUUGAUCCUCACCAUCAUCAUCAUCAUCAGUCCAUUACCACUGACGAUCUCCACCACCAUCAUCCUUACCAUAUUCCUCCGGGGAUUCACCAAUCAGCGAUUCCAGGCAUUGCAUUUGCUUCAAGUGGUGAAUUCUCCGGUUUUCGUAUACCAGCACGGUUUCAGGGCGAACAAGAGGAGCAUGGCGGCGACAACAAGCCGUCCUCUGCUUCAUCCGAUUCUCGCCAUUGAACAAGUUCCAAAAACACAUAAGAAUGUGCAACACAACUGGUUUCUUUUCAUAUUUCAGGGCGCUUCGAAUGCGUGGAAUAGGGAAGACGUUUUUCGUUGUUGUGUGUUUCGGAUAUUCAAAUGGCCUAUAGAUCCAAGGAAAGGAAUAAGAGAAGGGAGAAACAGAAUCUGAUCAACAGUUUCAGGUUCAUCUUAAUCUUCUAAAGCCUAGGCCUUUGUUAAUUUGAGUUCAUCUUGUAUCAAUUAGAAAACUUUCUGUUAGUUCAAUUAUGUUUUCGUUGUUGUGUUGUAACUUGUUCUUGUUGUUGUUCUAAAAUUAAUUGUCGUUUCCUUAUGCUCUUGUGUUGGAAACCUUUAACCCCACUUGAAGCUAAAGUUUCAAGCUUUGCUCUUUAUUCUAUGUGGGUUUAAUGCUUUCCUUAAGAAAUA